AUGGCCCCCUCCACGACCCUCCCAGUGCCGGACGAGCUCCUCUGGGGCCGCUCCGCUGACUUUUUGCCAACCAUCCAUGACUUUUCGGUGACCGGUGGCGUCCCGCUUCCGCUCUCAGACGAGGACUAUUCCUUGUGCAUGGACUUUGUAUUCAGCAUUGAGAGGUACGACUCUCCGGUCGAUCGCGCGAUGGCCCGCCGUUGGCUACAAAAGCUUUUCGUCCUGAACCAGAAGCAGACGAGUGGCGUGGCUGAGGCUGGCGACCUGGACUCUGAAGCUGAGGAGCACACGGGCGAGGAAGAUGCUUCCGACAUCAAAAGCAUGAACGCCACCGCCGCCGCCGAUGGCGACGACGACGACGAGGCCUCAACCAUGAGUGGCGACCCUGUCGAAAUUGCCAGCGAGGACAUCGGCGACAACUCGGUCCUGGACAGCGAUCACGACGAGGACAACCCAGAGCCACGCACCAAGCGCCGCCGCGUCAAUCCUGAGCCAGUUGACACUGUCCCUUCUGCCACUCAAGGCCAGUCUCUCCAGAACAAGGAACGCCUCACAGCCGUAGCAAUGGGCUACCCUUCCAAUCCAGCUGAGCGCCUUGAAGCCGCGACGGACCACAUCUCGACGCUCCUCCGCACUGCUAACCGUGCACGCCACGCUCUCGGCCGCAACCUCGUCCCCGUUACCAACCAGGACGGCGAGUUCCCGCCCCGUGCGCUGUCUCCCAUUGACAGCGCCAUGGUCCUGAAGAACCUUGCUGGCCUCGAGCUCGACCAGUGGUUUACAUUCUAUGACAACCCCACCACCAACGCGGAGCGUCGCCGCUGGUGUAUCGCACAGCACAUUGGCGUCCCAUAUGGUUUCAACCCCGUUGACGCAAGGCACGUCUCUGCAGGUGGUGACCUUGCCCGCUUUGCUGGUGUUGAGGAGCACGGCGACGAGGUUGACUGA